AUGUCCGAUGAUCUCGACAUUGAUAAAUACCUUGCAACAGAAGCAACACAAUUACAAAAAGAUCAAGAAGUUGAACGUAUUCUCUCCGCGUUUAGGUUAAAUCCUUUUGACAUUUUAGAUCUUCCUCCUGAUUGCACAGAUAAAGAUAUUAAAAACUCUUAUAGAAAAAAAUCUUUGCUUAUUCACCCUGAUAAAACAAAACAUCCUAGAGCACAAGAAGCCUUUUCUUUAUUGAAAAAGGCGGAGACAGAAUUAUCAAAUGAAAAAUCACGUCAAUUAUUAUUAGCAAUUAUUGAAGAAGCAAAAAUAACUUUGACUAAUGAACAAAAGAUAAAGCCAGACCCCUUACAAAUUAAACAGAAAACUAAAGAAAUUUUAAUAGAACAAGAAUUACGUAGACGUAAAUCAUUAAAACGUGAAUUAGAGGCUCAAGGGUUAGCUGCUCAAAAAGCUGAACAAAUUGAAAAAGAAAGAAAAAGAAAGGCUGAAGAAGACAAACUAUGGGAAGAAACUAGAGAACAAAGGGUUAAUAAUUGGAGAGAUUUCCAGACUAAAAAAAAUUCAAAUAGUUCUGCUAAAAAGAAGAAAAAGUUGGGUGGCGAAUUUAAACCACCGAAAGUUUUAGCCGAAGAUCCUACUAAACCUUAUAUAAAACGACCUACAAAUUCUUAA